GGGGCACUGACGGGGGGAUUAGAGCCUACAAAAGCCGAAGUGCGCUCAACUCCUCCUCCCCAAUUACUCACACUGCGCUCCGAGCGCGCGGAGGGGACGAGCGAGCCCUGCAGAACCGGCGCAGAGAGAGAGAGAGAGAGAGUGAGAGAGAGAGAGAGAGAGAGAGAGAGAGAGAGAGAGAGAGAGAGGGGAAAAAAACAAGGCUGGAAAUUUGGGACGUUGUUUUACCUCUUCGGUUAUAGAUAGGAGAGCAGAGCUCGUUGCUGGACGUUUGUGUUUUUGUUUUUUGUGAGCCCGCGCGGAGGGAUGAAGAUGCGCCUCGCUGUAGUCCACACAAGAAAAUGAAGAAAUAAAGAUCAAACCAGCGCCGGUUCGGGGAUUAUAUGCGUUUUUUUCCCGUUCUUCAGAGAUGAAAAGCUGGAUUUCUGCUCGAGCCUCUUCAUCCUAGCGCCGGUUUCUGAAGAAAAGCAACGCCGCUGUGCUUCGCUGCUCUGAGCGCGCGCUGACAGAUGCUCGUCCAACAUGUGGUGACUGAAGAAAAACGGACUCCCGGCUUCGCAGCGCCUCAGUGAAGCACCCCCGAAGCCCAGGAACGCGCGAAUGUUGGCGUGCGUGCGCGCCAUGUGCCAUGUACGUGCUGCGAGAGCCUGGAGCGCCUGAAGACGUCCGUCCGCCUGCGGGGAGAGAGCGGAGCAGGAGCGGGGAGCGCGCGCCGGAGGCUGGCUUGCCGUUGCCGCUGCCGCCGUUGGAGCUGCUGCACUGAGCGGGAGCCGUGGGUCGUAUGAACUGCGCCGGGCCGGGACUGCGCCUCACGGAAAUCUCGGCCCGCAGCUCAGAAAGGAGCACGUGCUGCUCGCUGUCCACGAUGCUCUUCCACGGCGUGCCCGGCGCCGAUAUGCGCGGGGUCGUGGAGGAGAUGGAGCGCAGGGGCAAGAGCGACUCGGCGCCCAUCAGUUCCGCCAUUGACAUGGGGGAAACAGAGACGAGUGCGCCGUCCAUGAGCGGUGAGCGCGUGGCGUUGUGCGCGGGCUGCGGCGGCCGCAUCUCGGACCGUUACUACCUGCUGGCCGUGGACAAGCAGUGGCACAUGCGCUGCCUCAAGUGCUGCGAGUGCAAACUCAACCUGGAGUCUGAGCUCACCUGCUUCAGCAAGGACGGCAGCAUCUACUGCAAAGAGGACUAUUACAGGAGGUUCUCGGUGCAGAGAUGCGCGCGCUGCCACCUGGGCAUCUCGGCCUCGGAGAUGGUGAUGCGCGCGAGGGACUUGGUGUACCACUUGAACUGUUUCACGUGCACGACAUGCAGCAAGAUGCUGACCACUGGCGACCACUUCGGCAUGAAGGACAGCCUGGUGUACUGCCGCCUGCACUUCGAGACGCUUGUGCAGAGCGACUACGGCGCGCCGUUCGGUCACGCGGACGUGGCGCACGGCAAAGGCGCGGUGCCCGCGGGCCCGCUGGGACUGGCCUACUACAACGGAGUGGGCACUGUGCAGAAGGGCCGGCCGAGGAAGAGGAAGAGCCCAGGACCGGGGGCCGACCUGGCGGCCUACAACGCAGCGCUGAGCUGUAAUGAGAACGAUGGGGAUCCCAUGGACAGAGACUCCCAGUACAGCUCUGGCCAGAAGACCAAGCGCAUGAGGACCUCCUUCAAGCACCACCAGCUCAGAACCAUGAAGUCCUAUUUCGCCAUCAACCACAACCCUGAUGCCAAGGACCUGAAACAGCUGGCCCAGAAAACAGGUCUUACCAAGCGUGUACUUCAGGUCUGGUUCCAGAACGCCAGGGCCAAGUUCCGGCGGAACCUCUUGCGACAGGAGAACACGGGCGUAGACAAGGCCUCGGACGGGUCCAACUUGCCUGGAGGGACGCCUUCCGGGCCGGCUUCUGAGAUUUCCAAUGCCUCCAUGAGCCCGUCGAGCACUCCCACCACACUGACAGACCUUACCAACCCCACCAUGCCCACCGUCACCUCCGUACUGACCUCUGUGCCUGGCAGCCUGGAUGUCCACGAGUGCCGGAGCCCUUCACAGACCACCCUCACCAGCCUCUUCUGAUGCUCGUUCGACCAGGCCCUCAGUGACCACCACAUUUAGCGCCCUAAAACCGCAGAGCGCAAGGACGUUACAGACCGCCCAUCUUCUCAGUUCUGGUCUCUGAAGAGACCAGUUUAUUUGUUAUUCUAGGUUGUGGAAGAAUCGCCACCUUGCGUUGAGAUCAUACCCAUAAGUGGGUACAGGCAUCAUCCUAGCACUGAUACCAAUGCUUGUAAAAACAGUCAUAUCAGGCAGCUGUAAUGUACAGCUGGUCCACUUGCACAAAAAAAAAAACCUCAGCAAACUGCGACAUGCAACGGUCACAGACCUCCCCAGUCCUAGAUGGGCAUCUUUUCAUUAGGUAACGAAGCCCAAAACUUGUGGUCAGUCCAACCACAAACCAGAGAUGAUAAAAAGAACUUCUGAAGGACAGAAAAUAGGGGGACAAGACAAAAAAAGAAAGAAAGAAA